CGAAAGGAGAACCAUGAGGCUGCUUCUCGUCCUGGCAUUGGUCCAGCUCGCCGUCGGGUUCGACCUGGCCGACCCCGAGUGGGUCGCCUUCAAGAAAACCCACGGCAAGACCUACUCACACCCGGCCGAAGAAGCGGCGCGCCUAGCCAUCUUCAAGGACAACUUGCGCGUCAUUGAUGAGCACAACGCCGGCACCUCUUCCUUCCGCCUGGGCGUCAACAAGUUCGCCGACAUCACCAACGCCGAGUACCGCCAGAUGCUGGGCUACCAGCCGCGGGCGACGCGUGGCAUCCGCGUGUCCGGCCAGCACGUGCUGCAGGGGGUCAGCUCCGCCUCCAAGGAUUGGCGCCAGGAAGGCGCCGUGACGGGCGUCAAGGACCAGGGCCAGUGCGGCUCCUGCUGGGCCUUUUCCACCACCGGCGCGCUGGAGGGCGCCUGGAAGCUGGCUGGUAACCCGCUGGUCUCGCUCUCUGAGCAGCAGCUCAUGGACUGCUCCAGGAGCUACGGAAACCAGGGCUGCAACGGCGGCCUUCAGAGCUCGUCCUGGGACUACAUCGAGGACGCCGGCGGCGUCAUGUCCGAGGCAGACUACCCGUACGAGGAGAGCAGCCGCUUCCACUGCCGCUUCGACGCGUCCGCCGUGGUCGCCUACAUCUCAUCCUGGACGGAGAUCAACACGGGGUCUGAAUCGAACAUGGAGGAUGCCGUAGCCAAUGUCGGUCCCGUUGCCAUCGGCAUCGACGCCAGCCACAUCUCGUUCCAGCUGUACAGUGGUGGUGUCUACCAAGAGCCGCACUGCAGCAGCCGAAACCUGGACCACGGCGUGCUGGCGGUGGGCUACGGCACCGAGGACGGCAUGGCCUACUGGCUGGUCAAGAACUCGUGGGGCGACUCCUGGGGCGAUGAAGGUUACAUCAAGAUGCUCAAAGACCACAACAAUCAGUGUGGUGUGGCCACCGACUCGAACUACCCUAACAUCUAAAACGGUGCAUCGGCGACGAUGAGCUUGAGGUUGACGCUGUACAAUAAACCUACCUGCGA